AACUGCCAGGCAGCCUUUGGUUUUGCAAACAUAGGCUCCCUCAAUUAUACCUUGGACACGUACUGCCUAAGCUGCGGUCACUUGCAACGCGCAUAUUGCACGUACACGGUGAGUACAAUCAAGACAAGAGAUGGCGGCGGCGGUUACCGGUCAUCGUCAGGCAAUCUGUCGCGCCCCCGGGAGAUGCAAGAGCCUCUUUACGGCUCUUCUUCUGCCCCUGAACCAGAAACGAACGCGAAGAGUGGCAUACCCCCCGCCAGACUCAAGGACUCUCAAUUGAGUACCAAUGAACGACCCCAAUCCGAGACAGGCCCUGAGGGCAGCACCUCAUCCACCAUUGAACCCUCAGUAUUCUCCGAAAAGAGCUUUUCCGGACAAGCUCCGGCCAAAUAUAGGGCGGCAGUGCCACAGCCUUCUCAAAUCGAGACGAGAAACGACAUUACUUCUAAAGUACUCCACGUGGCAAAUGACCCCAGCAAACAACAGUGGAGUGAAUCCAAGUCAUAUUCUACUAGCGUUCCUCAAGCACGCGCGAUCAAGCUCGACGAGCUAAGGGCUCGUCCUUCUUCGAAACUUAUAGAUCCGCAUGGGUAUCAGCAGAUAUCCGUGCCUACAGUACAGGCUUUCCAGACAACACGAACCUUGUGGCAGCAUCAUCGAAAUAUGAUCUCUGAUAGGCUUCAAAAUGAGCCAUCAGCGAGCCAUUGCCCAGGUCUCAUGGACAUGUUGUCACAGUCCCAAGCCGCCAUAGAUUUUGCGGCCCAGGCUGCCGGCCCAAAUGCCCAUACCGUUACCAGCAGGAGACCAAUCGAACAGGGUGGCGCGUCAGCAUCCAGCAGUAGCCAGGCCUCGACCAACACAGAGCUGCCACAAGCUGACUCCACAAAUUCGGGACCGCUUCGUCGGACGAAGAAGUUAACAGCGUUCUGCCCCCGCUCAUACCAACUGGAACUAAAGCGGUUUCUCCUGCUAUGUGUCAACACGGGUAGUCUUGGUGGAGUCCGUCACCGCAGGCUGGCCAGCGUAGAGGUCACUAACACUGAAUGUGGCGGGGAACCGUUCCAGAGUCUUCGCAACGCCUAUUACUCGUUGAGGAAGAGUACGUGGAACCCAUUCCUGGUUCCAAAGACAAUGCACUACGUCAAAUUCCAGCUUCUGUUUCUCCAAAGGUGA